ACUCUCCUGCGCGCGAGCAGUAGCAGCGGCUCCUCCUCCUCUUCCUCCUCCAAAAAUGUCGCAGGAGCUUCUCCUCUCGCCGCGGCGCUUCUUUUAUUUCCCUCUUUUCUUUUUCUCCCAGCGCCCCUAAAACUCCACCGAAUUUGCAGCUGUCACAACCGGAAGCAGCGAGUUUCACCCGGACGCACGAACCGGCCCUUCUCCCCUCCCCACCACGGAGGUGUUUAAACCCUCAGCCCGGCGCAUCCUCUCCCGCCCUCUCUCUCUCUCUCUCUCUCUCUCUCUCUCGCUCUCCCUCUCUCUCUUUUCAUCUCUCUCUGUCAUCCUCGGUGUCUCUCUCUCCUGAAACCGCCGCAGAACUCCGCCGACCGUCCACCAGGUGACUGCGCGGAGCGGAAUAUUCAUCAGCACCGCCACCGUCGUCGUCUUUCAUCCCUCCGCUCCUUCGGACUCCAGGGGGACCGGAGCUGCCGCAUCCCUGCAUCCUUCCUCCCCUCGCCCCGCACCCUCUCCCCCCUGCGCUGUAUCCUCUCAUCCGGUUCGGGACAUUCUCCGCUCCACGCACACGCAGAUUAACGGGGAUUCUGCCUCCCCGCCCGAACACUGAUGCUGAUGUCCUUGAGCUCGGCCUGCACGGUCCUGGUGGUGUAUCACUAGCUACCUCUAAACUGGAUCUGCUUCCUGCCUGUGAUUUAUCAGCCACCUUUGCCCUCUUUCCAUCUGUCCAUCAUCGCUUCAUCCCUGUCUGCGAGUCCACCAGCAUGUCUGUCCGUUUGUCCACGGACCAGCCGUGACCCUGGAGGGAGGGGGACAGAGACGAGGAAAGAGUGGAGUCGCCGGGGAGACGGAGGAGAAGAAAGCUGGAUUCAUUCAGACGUCACGUCUCUGAAGUGCUCCUGCUCGCUGUCCUUCAUCCUCCUCACCCUCCUCCCCCGCCUCCCUCUGUUAUGGAGAUUUAAAGGAGCAGUGGGAGGUUAGGUCAAGGUAGAUAGGAGGGAAAAAAAACACAACCACCACCCCUUACGAAGAAGUAAAAAUAAAAAGAGAGGAAGAUUAAUUCAGUCACUCAGUUUAAACAACAAUAAUAAUAUUUAAAAAAAAUUAAGCGCACAUGAACAACCCUUCACCUGCCAGACGAAGGAGGAGCUGAGUAGACUACGGAGAGAACGGACAAAAAAACACAUCCAAAUUAUCUUACUGACAUGUCAACAACAGCAACAAUGGGGGAAAUGGCAAACAGCGCUGUGGAGUUUUAUCCCAAAGGGACUCGAGGCAGGGGCGGAGGAGGAGGAAGGGCAGAUGGCAGCCUCGCAGGGGGAGACUUUGGGGUCACGGUGAAGGAGCUGAGGGAGCUGAUGGAGCUGAGAGGAGCUGACGCCCUACAGAAGAUCCAGGAUGGCUACGGAGACACAGAGGGCCUCUGCCAGAGACUACAGUCCAGCACCACUGAUGGUCUCAGCGGCGACCCGGCAGACUUGGAACGUCGAUAUCAAACCUUCGGCCGGAAUUUCAUUCCCCCGAAGAAGCCCAAGACAUUCCUGGAACUAGUGUGGGAGGCUCUACAAGAUGUCACCCUCAUCAUCUUGGAGGCUGCCGCCAUCAUUUCACUCGGCCUCUCCUUCUACCAGCCGCCUGGGAAGGAAAGUGAACUGUGCGGGGAAGUGAGUGGCGGAGCGGAGGAUGAAGGGGAGGCAGACGCAGGCUGGAUCGAGGGCGCUGCCAUCUUGCUUUCUGUUGUGUGUGUUGUCCUGGUGACGGCGUUUAAUGACUGGUCCAAAGAAAAACAGUUCCGGGGUCUGCAGAGUCGGAUCGAGCAGGAGCAGAGGUUUGCGGUGGUUCGGAAAGGAAACGUCAUCCAAAUUCCCGUGGCUGACAUGGUGGUGGGGGACAUGGCUCAGGUCAAAUACGGUGACCUACUUCCAGCUGACGGUAUCUUGGUCCAAGGCAAUGAUCUGAAGUUAGACGAGAGCUCUCUGACAGGAGAGUCUGACCACGUACGCAAAUCUGUGGACAAGGACCCCAUGCUGCUCUCAGGAACCCAUGUGAUGGAGGGCUCAGGUAGGAUGCUGGUGACAGCCGUAGGUGUCAACUCCCAGACGGGCAUCAUCUUCACCCUCCUUGGCGCAGGAGACAUGGAGGAGGAUGGAAAAGAAAAGAAAGAGGACAGUACUCAGUUGCUCAUCUCUGCAGAUGCCACUAACAGCACAGUCACCAAUGGAAAACAAGCUGAUGGAGCUGUGGAGAACAAUCAGAAUAAAGCCAAGAAGCAGGAUGGGGGCGUUGCUAUGGAGAUGCAGCCCUUAAAGAGUGCAGAGGGAGGAGAAGUGGAGGACAGAGAGAAGAAGAAGACCAGUGUCCCAAAGAAAGAGAAGAGCGUGUUGCAGGGAAAGCUCACCAAACUGGCUGUGCAAAUUGGCAAAGCAGGUUUGGUGAUGUCAGCCAUCACUGUCAUCAUUCUGGUGCUGUACUUUGUCAUAAACACAUUUGUCGUUAAAGGUCAUACAUGGCUACCAGAGUGCACUCCGAUAUACGUCCAGUAUUUUGUCAAGUUUUUCAUAAUUGGCGUCACUGUGCUGGUGGUGGCUGUCCCAGAAGGCUUACCUCUUGCUGUCACUAUUUCUCUGGCCUAUUCUGUGAAGAAAAUGAUGAAGGACAACAACCUUGUACGGCAUCUGGAUGCAUGUGAAACCAUGGGGAAUGCCACGGCCAUCUGCUCCGACAAGACCGGCACGCUCACCACCAACCGGAUGACUGUAGUGCAGACUUACAUAGGUGAUGUGCACCAUCGUGUGAUUCCAGACCCUGGACUGGUCAAUCCUCGGACACUGGAUCUGCUAGUCAAUGCAAUCGCCAUUAACAGCGCCUACACCUCCAAGAUCUUACCACCGGACGUGGAGGGGGGUCUAGCCAAGCAGGUGGGCAACAAAACAGAGUGCGGCCUGCUGGGACUUGUCUUAGACCUUCAGCGGGACUACACCCCUGUAAGAGAGCAGAUCCCUGAGGAGAAACUCUACAAGGUUUACACUUUCAACUCAGUGCGUAAAUCUAUGAGUACGGUGAUCAAGCUGCCUGAUGGUACCUUCCGCCUUUACAGCAAAGGAGCCUCUGAGAUCAUGUUGAAAAAGUGUUCCUACAUCCUGGAUGCCAACGGAGAACCUCGAAGUUUUCGUCCACGUGACAGAGAUGAGAUGGUAAAACAGGUGAUUGAACCAAUGGCCUGUGAGGGGUUGAGGACCAUCUGCAUCGCCUACCGUGAUCUGCCGCCAAAUCCGGAGCCAGAAUGGGACAACGAGGCGGAAAUUGUGACAGAGCUGACCUGCAUCACUGUGGUUGGAAUAGAGGACCCUGUGCGGCCCGAGGUGCCGGAAGCCAUCCGGAAGUGUCAGCGCGCGGGCAUCACAGUGCGGAUGGUAACUGGUGACAACAUUAAUACAGCGAGGGCCAUCGCUGCUAAGUGCGGCAUCAUACACCCUGGAGACGAUUUCAUCUGUCUGGAGGGAAAAGAGUUUAACCGRCGAAUCAGGAACGAGAAGGGGGAGAUUGAACAGGAACGUAUAGAUAAAAUCUGGCCCAAGCUGCGCGUGCUGGCUCGGUCCUCGCCGACAGACAAGCACACGCUGGUUAAAGGCAUCAUUGAYAGCAGCAUCGUGGAACAGAGGCAGGUUGUCGCGGUAACAGGAGACGGGACUAAUGACGGACCAGCUUUGAAGAAGGCUGAUGUGGGCUUUGCCAUGGGUAUCGCCGGGACAGACGUGGCUAAAGAGGCGUCCGACAUCAUCUUGACUGAUGACAACUUCAGCAGCAUUGUCAAGGCCGUGAUGUGGGGACGAAAUGUCUACGAUAGCAUCUCCAAGUUCCUGCAGUUCCAGCUCACGGUCAACGUAGUGGCUGUCAUCGUGGCCUUCACCGGGGCAUGCAUCACUCAGGAUUCUCCUCUGAAGGCRGUGCAGAUGCUUUGGGUGAAUUUGAUCAUGGACACGUUUGCCUCGCUCGCUUUGGCAACCGAGCCCCCRACUGAAGCCCUGUUGCUACGAAAACCCUAUGGUCGAAACAACCCGCUCAUCUCUCUCACCAUGAUGAAGAACAUCCUCGGCCACGGAGUCUACCAACUGGUCAUCAUCUUCACUCUGCUGUUUAUAGGCGAGCGCAUGUUUAACAUCGACAGCGGUCGCAACGCGCCGCUCCACUCCCCGCCCUCCGAGCACUACACAAUCAUCUUCAACACCUUCGUCCUCAUGCAGCUUUUCAACGAGAUCAACGCUCGCAAGAUCCAUGGAGAGAGAAAUGUCUUUGACGGCAUAUUCGGCAACCCCAUCUUCUGCUCCAUUGUUUUGGGRACCUUUGCAGUGCAGAUUGUGAUCGUGCAGUGGGGAGGGAAGCCCUUCAGCUGUGCCCCUCUCAAUGUGGAACAGUGGCUCUGGUGUCUGUUUGUGGGUGUUGGAGAGCUGCUGUGGGGGCAGGUGAUUGCCACCGUGCCAACAGAGCGGCUGCCAUGUCUGAAAGAGGCUGGGCUUGGCCUGGAGCCUGGGGAGGAAGAAGGAGAGGAGCUAGCRGAGGAYGAGGAGGAGAUUGACUGUGCUGAGCGAGAGCUGCGUCGCGGACAGAUCCUGUGGUUCAGAGGCCUCAACCGUAUCCAGACUCAGAUGGAGGUAGUGAGCACAUUCAAGCGAAGCGGUUCGUUUCAGGGAGCGGUGAGACGGCGCUCCUCCGUGCUCAGUCAGCUCCACGACGUAAACACUAUCUCUACCCCCUCUCACGUAGCUCUCUCCACCGCAACAGCCAAUACCAGCCCAGCCCCUGGGAGUGAGUUCGCCGAAAGCAUGUACACACAUCUCCCACACACACGUACUUGCACACACUCAUCCACAGACACAAACACAUGUAAACACACUGCUGCACGGCACGUGGACUGCGGUAUUUUUACUCUCUCUGGUUGUGUCCCCUCCGGCUCGCCCGCUGCUCGUGUGUGUGCAAUGUCUCCUCCUGUUUUUUGGUUUUUCCUUCUUACUCUCCUGUUGGAACAGCACCCAGUCCCGACCGGCUGUGUGGUUCUGGUCUGAUCUGGACUGGUCCAAUCCCAGUGUGGCUCUCAGGCCAGAGUUUGUUUUGUCGUUGAGUGUUGGUUUGUGCAGGAGGCCGCUGACCGCUCGCUCUCUGCCUCUCUCUGUAUGAGGCGUCCCGUGACACGAUCUUCAAACACAGAUUGGGACUGAUCAUUGAUAAAAAGAAGACGAUUGAUUUUCAGAUGUCACCGGCGUCCUGAAGUUCAGGGAGUGAGCAGCAGCUCCUCCUGCACCACCUAUUCUUCUGUUUGCAUUUGAGGUCAAGCGUAGUUCUUUUGGUUUUGUUUACUCCUAACAUCUCUAACAAGUGGUGUCAUUUCUUUACUCUUAAAAAAAAUAAGACAAUAUACUGUAACAAUCAUGUGAUGACAUUUUAAUAAUGGUACAUUAUAUCUCACUGCAUUCAAUUCAUAUUCAUCACCAAAUGGCUUCCAUAAGGCUUGUGUURAGCUGUAAACCUUCGAGUAUAAAAGCCCAUGCCUCGCUGCUGUUUCUAAGAGUAAACGUAAGGAGCACUUCCCUCUUCCUCUCUCACUCUUGCCUCCUCUCUCCUUCCUCUGCUGCUGUCUUUUGUUUGGUUCUGCAAUGUUGUCAACUGGUUAAUUAUGUAACAGUAUUUCCAGCUCUGACGUCACACGUUUGGGUCCCCCGCGCCCCCCAAACCCUGCCCCGACGUCUUCAGAAAGUCCCGACUUCUUCCUCUCUGUCCCAACCUUGUUUUUGUUUUUUUGUUUUUGUUUUUUCACACUCCCUCUCUUUCUCACCAUCACAGCUCUCUUUCUUCUUUGUUCUCUAUCCAUGAAACGAUACAGGUUCCCAGUUUGCGGAAAAGCACUCCUCGAAAUGUCUUCUGACUGUUCUUCAUACGUAGAGCUGUUCUGUUGUAGAGCUAUUUAGAUUGUAACGGAUCUAAAUGCAGGCUCUUAUGUGUAGCAUACUGAUAAGAUUUAUUUAGUCCACUUUCCUUCCUUUUUCCAUCCUGUUUUCCCCCCGUUUUUUUAUCUCACCUCGUCCUUUUUGUCAUCCUCCCUUGUUCUUAAUAAUAUAGCUACCACACCUCAUCUUUUUUUUCUCUUAAUUUUUAUUUAUUUAUUUUUUGAAUGUCAGUUCUGCGUGCGUCUGUUUGGAAGCGUGCUAAGAUGUGCGUGCAUCUGCAGACAUGUCGGCAAGCCGCAGCUUGACCCUUAGGGCAGUUACCUUAAUAGUGCUUGUAUGCCUGUGAAUAAGUGUGUGCAUGCAUGUGUGCUGUCUCUUCAUUUGGUUGUCUUCAUCUGCCUUCUCAGUUGCUUAUCUUUACCUUCCUUGCUCCUCUCCGUCACAUCCYCCUCCCUCCCCACCUCAUUCUACCCCACGCUGACCCUCCGCCACCCAUACCCCUCCUCCCUUCAUCACCUGGUAGAAAUAGAAAGGCCCGGGUCGAUUGUUGUCAUCCUGCACAGUCAUGAGGACACACCUGGGCUUCAUGUUKAGAUUAAACAUCCUUCACUUCAGCUCUUUGUAAUAUCAUAAACAACAAAUGUGUUCAGAUCUGCAAAAAUUGGCUGCCAAAUGACAGAAAAUACAAUAAACGCUGAAGUAGGGAUGUUCAGUCAAAGCGUGGAGCUUAGCCUCAGGUCGGGCCUCUGCUAGCUCAUUGCUUGCUGUUUUAAUUCUUUGAGUGUAUUUUYAAAAGGCUUGGUUCUGAUUGUUUUACUCAGUUCUGGACUGCGACAUAGUUUGCAGCCUCCGUSUUGUGGUUCAGUUCCGGACUCAGACAAACAAACAAGGAGGUUAACGUGAAGGAGCAAGCACUAAGUUUGUGCGUGUGCGUUUUACAGGUUUASUUCUCUCUGAAUCAUGUUGCCAAGCAGCCCGGCGGGCGAGAUUGUUUWUAGUGGUCUGAACUCUCAGAAAGGGAGGCUAGCUGUAGUUCUAUGUAUGUUUAUCAGUMUCAAUUAUCUUUAAAAGAUAUCUUCAGUUGAAAUUGUGAUAAUUUGCUACGAUCAACAAAUCCCUUUUCAAAGAGCGGGGCUGGUGGGAAAGGAGUUCCUGCUGGUGACGAGCGUCGUGCUGCUUGUGCAGCCCUCUUGUUUUAUUCAUUGCUGGAUAGAAAACUCUUAUCCGAACGGCAAGUCUGUAGCCAUGCGGCAGCUCUGAGAUAUUCUGAUUCAUGCUUAAUGCUCAAGUCAGCAUGCAAACACGCUUACAGCGCCUAGAGCCUCACGUUUACAACUAAAGCUGUUUGUCAAGUGCUGCUUUAAUUAACACGGCCAAUAAAAAUCCUGCUGAAAAUCAGAGAAACAGCAUUUGUCAUGAAAGUAUUUGAUCUUAUUUUAAAGAGUUUUCACCAAAUAUUGGAUCUUACAGUUAUUUAGRUUAUUUAAUCAUUUCAAUUCAAAUAACGCACCUGUUCAACUGUCUGUUAGCRUGAAGAGCAAAUCAGCCAAUCACAUGGCAACAGCUCAAUGCAUGUAGGCAUCUUAAUAUUAAACAUCAGAAUAUUUUGAAUACAAGAAAAGUUUCUAUCUGAUAGUUUCAUCCUUUGUGACCCAGAUCUGUAUGGAGGAAGUAGAAAGCAGAGCAUUGGUAUCCUACAACCAAACCACAUCGAGGCUAUGAGUUAGUCAGAAAGAGUCUGCUUUCAUAUUAACUAAACUGCUGUAUCCUCAUUUGUAAGUAGCUUUGGAUAAAGGUGUCUCGCAAAUGCUUAAACAUGUGGAUAAAACCUGGGUCAAAAUCCAAGCCAAAGAAAUGGAAACCUUGACUGACCUCAGUGGAGAAUAAUUCAGGUUUACGAUGGAGGAUGUCAGAGACAACCAGCUACUAUUUGUCUGAUGAACAUCAAGAAGGAUGGAAGCCUCAUCACCACACGGGUUUAUAGAAAACUCACGCACACAGAUCAGUACUGACUUUUUGAAUGUUACCUCCCUCUGACACAGUAGCUGUCAGUCAUCAGAACUACAUGCUGCAUCGACUGCAUCGUCUCUACAGGACAAAAAGAACAAGACAUAAACAUAGACAGAGUUUAUGGUCAUUUAAUUAUAGAUCUAAAAAUGUACAAUUUAUUGAAAGAAAUUUUGUUGCAAAGCUCCAAUAAUAAUAAAAUAAGUAAUAAUCAAAGUAUCAAUAUAAAUAUAUACAGUAAAAGAUUAAGUUAGUGGAAGUUUAGUAGUCUUACGACACAAGGGAUGAAGCUGUUGUGGAAUCUGGUUGUUCUGCAUUUAAAGCUGCUAAAACUUUUCCCAGAGGCAGCAGGAAGAACACAAACAAAUGAAGAAAGUACUUCCGGCCCUCUGUUUACCCAAACAGGUCUGAUUUGGUAACCAGUGUCUCGGUACUGGUUCAGUCCAUAGAUAAAACACCCAAAUCUUUCAGCUCAGCAGUGUGGUGUAUGGAGUCCAAUGCUCAGGAUUGUUCAGAACUCCACACUGGAGAGACUAAACAGCAACUACACAAAUAGAUUGUCCAACACAGAGGAGUGAACUCAUUGGCUCAGAAAUCACCAGUGCAGGUACAUCUCAGGGUCAAAGGUCACUGUKUUUAAGAUGGUAAUGUAAACAUUUUGGACAUGGAACACAGGCGGUUUGACAGACGUGUUGAGGAUUUGAACAUUGAACAAAAACGAAUAAAUACUAAACUGAA